AUGGAGGGAGUUUUAGGAUCCGGAAAGUCCAUUUUGAUAUCAUUGAUCAUACACUCGAUGCUUCAGAAAGCACAGGAAAACUCCAAGUUGGCUUGUGUCUACUUUUACUUCAACCACGGCGACACUCUCCAGCCAUCCGUCUCACAGCUCUGGGCAGCUCUAUUAGAGCAACUGCUUGAACAAAACAGCGAUGAGAAUAUAGCACAAGAGGUCCAGUCGAUAUUUGAUAGGUCUAGGUAUGGCGUUAUCUCCAUCCCUCCUAUCGAGUACUUCAAUUUGUUCAAAGCUCAGGCCGUAUUGUUUGAGACAGUAUAUCUCAUUAUCGAUUCCCUAAAUAUCUGCGCCGAUUACAAUGAUGACACAAGUCAUCAGACAUUAUUGGAAACCUUUCAGAAGCUUCCUGACAACGUUAGAGUCAUUUUCAGCUCAAGGGAUGGAUCACUUGCAAACCAUCUUCUUGUUCAAAAGAAGAUUAAAGUCAAGCCUCAGGCCGCUGAUAUUGAGACAUACGUCAACGAUCGCAUCAAGACCAGUUUCUAA